CAAUUGCCGGUUAUCGGCAGUACUUUCCUUACGCUGUGACAGCGUGAGGAAAGUGCUGCCGAUAACUGGCAACUGCAUUUACCGGUGAUGUGCUGUGUCAUUGGCCUUUUACCACAUCACGUGAUCAGCUGUGUCCAGCGGGGAUCGGCACCGAUCAUCAGGGCACUGAUGAUCAGUGCCCUGAUGAUCGGUGCCCAGCAGUGCCACCCGCAAGUUCCGCUCACCUGUGCCCAGCAGUGCGCCCACUAGCUCCGCCCACCUGUGCCCAGCAGAUCACCCACCUGUGCCCAGCAGUGCACCCACCUGUGCCCAGCAGUGCACCCACCUGUGCCACUCUGCAGUGUCACACACCUGUGCCCAGAAGUGCCACCUACCUGUGCCCAGCA